AUGAUCGAGCCCUUCCAGACGACGUUCGCGGUCCCCAUGACCUGCGAUGGCUGCGUGAAAGAUGUCUCCUCUGCUCUGAAGAAAAUCGAAGGAAUCAACAAAGUCGAAGCCAACCUGAAAGAUCAGCUCGUAUUCAUCGAGGGCACUGCUCCGCCUAGUUCUAUCGUUACCGCUAUUCAAGCUACAGGUCGAGAUGCGAUUCUACGGGGCAGUGGAGCCUCCAACAGCUCGGCGGUCUGCAUCCUCGAAACCCAUUCGACGACGGUCUCCAAUAAGAUUCGGGGGUUGGCGCGCAUGGUACAAGUCUCCUCGAACUUGACCCUGGUGGAUCUGACCAUCAACGGGCUGGCGCCGGGACAAUACUGGGCGACGAUACGACAGGCAGGGGAUAUCUCGCAGGGGGCGGCAUCGACGGGGGGCAUUUGGGAGGCGCUGACAUCGACUGUUCUAGGGAACGAGAAAGCCAAGGAGCCUCGUGGAGUGUUUGGGCAAGUGGAUGUCGACGAGAAGGGACGCGGGAACGUGUUUCUAGAUCGGCCGGUGGCGAUUUGGGAGAUGAUUGGGCGCAGUAUGGUGGUAUCGAAGUCGAAGGAGGGUCCGUUCCGCAAGGACGAGGCCGACACGCUGGUUGGGGUAAUUGCUCGCAGUGCGGGCGUAUGGGAUAACGAUAAGACGGUGUGCUCCUGCUCGGGGAAGAAUGUCUGGCAAGAGCGACAGGAGCAGGUGGCUCAGGGGAUGGUCUAA